AUGUCGUUAACGCACCCCAACCGUUGUGUCUUCCUCAAUGGAAAUUGCAGGCGGCAUCCACCUAAUUGCAUGUUCCAGAUAUUCUCGUUGAAGCUGGCUAAGGCUCCUGUUGAUGGCGGGUUGGUGCAGUUGUACGGAUACAUCGCAGUGCGGGAUAAUUUGGAUCCUUUGCUUAAUUAUGUCGUCAGUGUUAGCAGGGAUGAUCCCAUCAUCUUGGAGCAGGGCUCUUCUAUCAAGAUGGCUGGCCCUAAGCGAGGGAUAGAUUUGUGUGGCAAUAUUCUAAUUGAAUAUGACAUGAAGAUCAAGACAGAUGGACAAGAAAAACAUGAUCUACAAGUCAUCGAUGGUGCAUCAUUAAUACGCUUCAAAGACAUGCAGAAUUGUCAAGUGAUCACGAAUCGAAUCGGUGGAGAUUGUGGUGCAAUUGACAUAACUGCCUCAGGUCUUGAAGAUGCAGUUGAGGCAACUAUAGAAAUUCUCCUAUCAGAAGUGCGAACUGGUUUCAACUUGUGUCUGUCAUGCUUUCCGAGUGAGUUGAAACAAGAAAUCCAGAUCUUCGAUGGUGCAGUUAGUGAGCGCGGCUUAAAGAGCUCGGUGGUUGCUGUAGUUAUAGGUUCUUUUUUGAGCUUCAAGUUCAAGGUGGACUCGGAGUCAUCUGGUUCCAUCGAACGGCAGUGUUCCUUCAGGGCGAACAAUCAUGGCGUUUCAACUCAAAAUAUAAAGACUGAUAUUGCAUUGAUCUCAGCGAAAGUCACUUGGUCGGCUUUGCCUCAGGGACACUGAACUUACACCAGCGGUCCAAGACUUGAAGUUAGAUGUUAGUAGUAGACUUAUGGCUUCCUAAA